GAGCUACUGAUGCACUGAUGGAGCGGGAGAAGCCUCUGAACCGCGAAUUUCCUCGCUCGUAUCUCACGCUGCAGCGCCUUUGUCAUGGUUCCGUUGAAGACAGUUUCGUUAUCUAGCCCUAACGGUGGCCCCGAGCUUUGCAUGCUUUCGACGACGACGAGCUAGCUGCAUUGACGUCGUUACUGACUGCGCCUGGAGCCUCUCUCGAUCUACCUCCUCACGACUUGACCACGACUUUUUCGCUCCCAAUUUAUGACCAACACGACUCGCCAGGACUCACUGCAUCAUGCGCAUCCCUAUCCACAUUCUGCCGCUUCUCGCUUUCUGUCAAGUUCUCAUUUUGUCUGUCGAUGCGAGACAGCGGUCGGGCCACGGCGGAAUCCUCAGACGCGCGGCGGGCCACCUGCAUGACGUCGCCGCUGUGCGCCGCGCGAGCUCAUUCGCACGCGACUUCCGCAUCGUGCUCUCGGAGCUGGGUAGGGUGGCGUCCGUGUCGUCCAAGCCUAAUCCCAGUCCUAUCCGGCUAGUUAGCCUCCGUCCUCGCGCCGGCGGUGCUUUGGGACAGGCGAUCUGCGAGCUUAGGAGCCCUGGGCUUGCAACUGGAGGCAACGGGACGGCGACGACCCCCGCUGGUGGCAGCGGCACCUCUACCGCCAGUGCGACUGCUUCGGCUGCUUUGCCCUCAUCGUCUUCGAGGUGGUCUCUGGCUCAGUCUUAUGUGAGUGUAACGAGGACCCAGAAGCAAAUUGCAUCGCGUGCGAGUGCGCACGUGUUGAGUCCGCUCUGAUUUCAGUUUUGUUCAGUCGGGCAGUAGCUUUUUCGAUGGGUGGGGUUUCUUCUCAGGCGAUGACUCUGGAUCCACGCACGGCAUCGUUCAAUAUGUUACUGAAGCAGCUGCAUUAUCGAACAACCUUUCGUCAAUCA